CCCAAUUAAAUCAGAUGCACGAAGCCUUUCAAGUAACUACUGUAGUAGACAAACUCAAUCGUGUCGAGUCAAUCUAUGCUCAUGGUGACCGACUGUUGAUUGGAACCGCUUCCGGGCAACUUAUGGUCUAUGACACCAAAGAGCCUCUUGUCGCUGACAAUAACCAGAUUCCCGAGGUUACUUUGGCAAUGAUUGUUAAAGCAUUUUCAAAGCGACCUAUUGAACAGCUGGAUAUCAUCAAAGAAAUCGAUUUCCUUGUAUCUUUGUCUGAUGGGUUGGUCAGUCUUCAUGACUUGCGUACAUUCGAGUUUCGUAUGGCACUUCAAAAGACAAAGGGUGCAAAUCUGUUUGCUAUCCAAACCAUGGUUGAAAUGAGCCCUGAAGAACGUAUUCCUGUUCUCAUCACACGUCUUGCCGUGGCUGUACGCAAGAAGCUGUUGGUGUUUGUCUGGAAAGAUACCGCAUUUGACGAAACAAAAGAACUCAAUAUCCCUGAUCGUAUCAAAGCAAUGGCCUGGGUGGGAACCACCAAGAUCUGUCUGGGAUUCUCUACAGAGUAUGCUCUGAUGGAUGUGGAAGCAGGUCAACUAACCGAGCUAUUUGCUCCAACCGGACCAGCAGAAGGUGGACCCAUGAGCACUCUGACAGGCCUGUACAACAUGUAUGGUUCCCGUGGUGGAAAACCUAUGGUGACCAAAAUCCCCAACAAUGAAAUCCUCUUGGCCCGCGAUCAUGUUAGCAUAUUUCUUGGAUUGGAUGGUACACCCACUCGCAAGGUUGGAAUCGAAUGGUCUGGUUUCCCUGAACAGAUUGGCUACUCUUACCCUUAUGUGAUUGCUAUUCUACCAAAGCAUGUAGAGGUGCGCAAUAUCCAGACCCUUGCUCUUGUUCAACAAAUCGAACUCUCGAGUGCACGUUUUCUCAACCAAGGAAAACUGGUCUACGUCGCCAGUUCUUCUCAAAUCUGGCGUCUGACCCCGUUUAGUUUCUCAACCCAAAUUGACCAGCUUGUCGACAAACAUGAGUAUGAAGAGGCUGUCAGUCUGUUGGAUCAAAUCGAUGCUGUCCUGAUAGACAACAAGGAGGAAAAACUAAAGGCAAUCCGUACUGCAUACGGACACGACCUCUUCCACCGCGGUGAAUACGACACCGCUCUGAAUUUGUUUCAGGAACUCAAUACCCCACCUGCCCAUGUCAUCCGCCUCUACCCAGAGAUGAUUUCCGGCAGUCUUUCGAUGACCCGAUCUGACGACGAAGUGGAUUCUUUGAGUUCGCUGCGCCGCAAGGAGAAUGACAAUGAUGAUGACAACGACAGUCACUCCCAGAACCACUCACACCACCUUCAAUUACAACGCCCUGAAAGUCGGCAGUCCAACAAGAGUAAGGCCACCACCGCCACCACAAAGAGUGGCCACAAGGAGGUGCCCUUGACGGGCUUAAAUCUGCAUGAUGCUGUCACCUAUCUGAUUCGCUUCCUGACCGACAAACGCCAAAAACUGUCCAAGAAGCUCAACGGCGGUCCCCCUAACUCGCCUCAAAAGUCAUCAUCCAAACCUGUGGACGAAAAAGAAUACGAAGAUUUGAUGUAUGAGGCAUCUUUGGUCGACACUGCCCUCCUAAAGGCCUAUAUGAUGACCAAUGAUGCCUUGGUGGGUCCUUUGUUAAGAGUACAGAACCACUGUGAUGUUCAGGAAUGUGAGACAAUCUUGAUGGACAAAAAGAAAUAUAAAGAGUUGGUCGAUCUUUACAACUGCAAGGGGCUUCAUGGACAAGCCCUUGAUUUACUAGCAAGACUUGGUCAACAGGCAGAGGGUCCUUUGCGUGGAGUUGUACCUACAAUCCGUUAUCUCCAGCGCUUGGGUCUUACUCAAUUUGACUUGGUUCUAAAGUACUCAAGAUGGGUACUUGAGAAAGAUCCUAGAUCCGGAAUGGAUAUUUUCAUUGAUGAUCUUGCCGAAGUAGAGACAUUCCCAAGAGAUAGUGUUGUGCAGCAUUUAGAGUCGAUUUCCGGAGACUUGGCUAUUCAGUAUCUGGAGUAUAUCCUCGAAGAACUUCGAGACAAAUCGCCUCACUUUCAUAACAAGUUGGCAAUUGCUUAUCUUGACAAAAUCAAAGCUGAGGGGUCCCAAGACUCUGAAAACAAGGCCGCUCUCCGUUCCCGGCUGAUAGCUUUUUUGACGGAAUCAACAUACUACCGUGCCGAGAAAAUUCUCUCCCGUCUUCCUUUGGAUGAUUUGUUCGAGGAACGUGCUAUUCUAUUGAGUCGUAUUGGACAGCACGACCAAGCACUGGACAUUUAUGUCUAUAAGCUCUCCAAUUACACCAUGGCCGAGGAAUACUGUACCAAAAUAUACAGAGAUGAUCCUGAAAAGGGCGAAAAGAUGUACUUGACAUUGUUGCGUGUUUAUUUGCAACCCAGCAACAACCAGAAGCCCUUGUUAGAGCCUGCUUUGGAUCUAUUGGCUCACCAUGGAUCCCACAUUAACGCUUCUCAGGUCCUGUCUUUGCUGCCAUUGCCAACUCAUCUCCAUGGUUUGUUCCCAUUCUUUGAAAAGUACAUCCGCACUAGCAACAAGAACCGAAAUAUGGAUAUGGUUGUUAAGAAUCUUUUGAAGGCUGAACAGCUACAGGUUGAAGAGCAAUUGGCCUUUUACAGAUCGAGAGCUGUCAAAAUUACUGAGGAUCGAAUGUGCCCUCAAUGUAACAAAAGAAUUGGAAAUAGUGUCUUUGCCGUGUUUCCUAAUGGAGUUGUAGUCCAUUAUUCUUGCAAGGAAAAGAUUGAACAAACACAGUGGAAGUUACUUUAAAAGAAAAAUGAAAAAGAAAUCCCAGAUAUAUGUUAUAUAUGCUAUAUAAUAAAACAAAAUAUAACAU